AUGCUGAUGAAUGCGCUUGAUUCAGCCUUGCGAAUCCUCACUUUCAGCUUAGAACAGUUAUUCACGACCUUAGUCAAGCUUAUGACUUUGCCGUAUUACCGACUCUACUACUUCAAUACUAGUGCCCCUCUUGAGCGCAUUGCAAUACUAGCUUCAGAAUCGCCAUUAGACACUGCUAAAGUACUUCGUGCAAUAUCAUCAUGGAGAGCACGAAAACUCGCCGAAUUGCAAUUCAUCACCAUAUCAUGUACGGUCCUGGCUGCAGCAGUCAUCGGUUCAUUCUCUUGGACCACAAUCGAGGAAGCCUACUGGCUCACCCAUGGCUUCUGGCAUAGCAGUUUGAUCUUUUCAGUCCUGGGCAUUCUGCUAUCUGCCUCUGAAGUAACGGUUCUGCACUUACUAGGUCCGCUAAGAUGUACAGGAAAAGAGUCUCGCGACUACGAGACUGCAAAGAAGUACUAUCCGCUCUUGCUAUCACCCAAUUACAGAAUAAGGACUUUCACACCGCGCAUGAAGAUGAUUUUCACAUGGCAAGCUCCCUUGAUGUUCAUGUCAUACUCUGUUUGCGGCUUUAUUGUAGGCUUGACGGUUCUCGUUUGCACACCAUUCAUCAGGGACAGUCACAGCUGGACAACCAGUCACAAUAUUGCAAUUAUGUAUCUGACCGUCUUGACCUGUGCGGGUACCACUUUCGUCUUCUGCUCGUUCUGGGUGUACCAUUAUGUGCAUUUGGAUCUGGAUGCGGAUGGUACAGGAGACCUUGACUAUAUCGACAAUGAUGGUAGCUUUGGGCUUGGCACUGUGCUUACGCCGUUUACUGAAGAGGUAUCGCCGGGAGGCCCAUCUAGCUUGAAGCUGGGUCGUCGACAUACUAAUUUAUCGUAA